AUGGCCAGUCCGGCCGACCCCGUGCCGCCGGUGGCCAUCAUCGGUCUUGGCGGCCGGUUCCCGGGCGAGGCCACCGAUCCGCUGAAGCUGUACGACAUGUGUGCCGCGGGCGCCGACGCAUGGACGGAGGUGCCGGCGUCCCGGUUCAACCACGCGGCCUUUUACCACCCAGACCAGGCCCGCAACGGCGCCACCAACGUCACGGGCGGCUUCUAUCUGCGCGACGACGUGGCCUUUUUUGACGCGCCGUUUUUCGGCAUCACACAGACCGAGGCGGCGUCGCUCGACCCACAACAGCGGCUGCUGCUCGAGUGCAGCUACGAGGCGCUGGAAAACGCGGGCCUGGCGCUGGCGGACGUGGCCGGGUCCGACAUGGGCGUGUUUGUGGGGUCCUUUUGCUUCGACUGGGCCAAGAUGACGCUGCGCGACCCGGACGCCAUCCCGCUGUACCACGCGACGGGCACGGGGCAGGCGAUGCUGGCGAACCGGCUGUCGUACUUUUUCAACCUGCACGGGCCGUCGGUGACGCUGGACACGGCCUGCUCGUCGAGUCUGGUGGCCCUGCACCAGGCCUGCCAGGCGCUGCGCGCCGGCGAGUGCAGCACGGCGCUCGUGGCCGGCGUCAACUGCUCGCUGUGCCACGACUCGCUGGCGUCCAUGAGCAGCAUGGGCUUCCUGUCGGCGGCCGGCCGCAGCUUCACGUACGACAGCCGCGCCGCGGGCUACGGCCGCGGCGAGGGCGUAGCGGCGCUGGUGCUGCGGCGCGUCGAGGCGGCGGUGGCGGCCGGCAACAGCGUGCGCGCCGUCGUGCGCAACACGGGCGUCAACCAGGACGGGCGCACGCCGGGCAUCACGUUCCCGAGCGGCGCGGCGCAGGCGGCCCUGAUCCGGCGCGUGUACGCGCAGGCGGGGCUGGACCUGGCCGACACGUCGUACGUCGAGGCGCACGGCACGGGCACGCAGGCCGGCGACCCCAUUGAGGCGCGCGCGCUCGCCGAGACGUUUGGCGCGGUGCGCAAAGAAGCAGACGGGCCCCUCGUCGUCGGCUGCAUCAAGACCAACAUUGGCCACCUCGAGGGCGCGAGCGGCGCCGCCGGCCUCAUCAAGACGGUGCUGAUGCUCGAGCGCGAGACGCUGCUGCCCAACUGCGACUUUCGCGAGGCCAACGACAAGAUCCCGCUGGCCGACUGGCACUUGACGGUGCCGACGCGCGUGCAGCCGUGGCGCGACGCGCUGGGGACGACGACGAAGACGCCAGCGGUCCUCCGCGCCUCCAUCAACGGCUUCGGCUACGGCGGCACCAACGCGCACGUCAUUGUCGAGAGCGCGGCCGACUUUUUGCGCGCACGCGGCAUCGACGGCGGACGGUACGCCUUUUCCCACGGCCGGCCGGCCACACGACACCUCCCGGACCCGAUUGUCCACGAACAUGACCGCCACAGCACAUUGGAUGUGCCGUCCGUCGCGCCGUCCGACGCGCCCGACGCGCCCGACGCGCCCUCGCGGUCACCCUCGCCAUCGCCGACGCCGUCCUCGCCCGACUCCGACGGCACGCCCCCGACGACCAACGGCGCCGUGUCGCCCACGUCCGAGACGCACAAGCCCGACGACGCCGCGCUGCCCGUGCCCCAGCUGUUUGUGCUGUCGGCCCACGACGCGACCGCCGGCAAGGCGCAGGCGGCGCAGCUUUCCGACUACCUCGCGUCGGCGGCCGACCCCCGCCUGCUGUCCGAUCUCGCCUACACCCUGAGCACGCGCCGUUCGGCGCUGCCGUGGAAGGCGGCCGUGGCGGCGGCGUCGGCGUCGCAGCUGGCAGCAGCGCUGCGCGACAGCAGUCUGCGCUUCCACCACACACCAGCACAGGCCCCGCCGCGGGUGGGGUUUGUGUUUACGGGCCAGGGGGCGCAGUGGUUCGCCAUGGGCCGCGAGCUGGCGGCGACGAGCGCGGUGUUCCGGGCGUCGCUGGAUCGCAGCGCGGCGAUCCUGGCGUCGUCGACGAUGCAGGCGGACUGGUCGCUGCACGACGAGCUGCUGCGGCGCGACGCGGCGACGACGCGCGUCAACGAGCCGGCCGUGAGCCAGCCGCUGUGCACGGUGCUGCAGGUGGCGCUGGUCGACCUGCUGCGGUCGUGGGGGGUCGCGCCGGCGGCCGUGGUCGGCCACUCGAGCGGCGAGAUUGGCGCCGCCUACGCGGCCGGCCUGCUGAGCCAGGAGGCGGCCGUGGCCGCCGCGUACUUUCGCGUGCCGCUCGACUCGGCCGCCGCCGACGCGUGCCGCGGCGGCAUGGUGGCGCUGGCGUGCGACGAGGCGACGACGCGCGGGCUGCUCGCGGGCCUGCGCCGCGGCACGGCCGUCAUUGCCUGCUACAACAGCCCGCAGAGCUUCACGGUGUCGGGCGACGACGCCGCCAUCGAGGAGCUCGCGGCCGCCUGCACGGCCGCCGGCGUGCGCCACCGCACGCUCGUCGUCGGCUUCGCCUACCACUCGCACCGCAUGGCCGCCGCCGCCGAGGCGUACCGCGCGCUGCUGCAGGCCAACGAGACGGUCGUCGGCGCGUUUGCCGACCCGGUGACGACGACGGACAGCGAGCGGGCCGUCGAAAUGUACUCGUCCGUGACCGGCCGCAAGCUGCAGCCCGGCGCGCUGACGCUCGACUAUUGGGUCGAGAACCUCGUGAGCCCCGUGCGCUUCACCGAGGCGCUGACGGCGCUGUGCUACGAGGCGCAGACGGAGAUGGCGGCGGACACGGCUGCCGCGCCGCCCAAAGCCCGCGUCGACGUGCUCGUCGAGGUCGGCCCACACGCGGCGCUCGCCGGCCCCAUCCGCCAGAUCCUGCAGACGGAGGCGCCCCUCAGCAAGAUUGGCGUGCUGUCGAUGCUCCGCCGCGGCCAGGACGCCACCGCGACCGCGCAGCAGCUGGCCUGCGCGCUCGUCGAGCGCGGCGUCGCGGUCGACGUCGCGGCCGCCAACGCCGAUGCGCGGCUGGAAGGGUCGGCCUCGUCGACGGCGUCACCACCGUCAACGGCCCUUCCCCUCGUCGACCUGCCGCCCUACCCCUGGAACCACAGCACCGCCUACUGGGCCGAGCCCCGCGACAGCAUCCGCUACCGCCAGCGCGCGCACGGCCGCCACGACCUGCUGGGCGCGCCCGUGCGCUUCGGCAGCCCGCUCGAGCCGCGCUGGCGCCAGUGGAUCCGCACGGCCGAGACGCCCUGGGUGCGCGACCACCGCGUGCAGGGGCUCGUCGUGUACCCGGCGGCUGGCUACAUUUCCAUGGCCAUUGAGGCGGUGCGGCAGGUGGCCACGGCGCAGGGGGCCACGGCGGCCAUUGCCUCGUACGAGCUGCGGGACGUGUCGCUGGGCCAGGCGCUCAUUGUGCCCGAGGGCCGCGACGAGGUCGAGGCGCUCGUCAGCCUGCGGCCGCAGACGGAGAGCGCCAUGGACAACUCGACAGUGUGGCACGAGUUUUUCGUGUACUCGUGCGCGAGCAGCGCCACGACGGCGACGCCCAUGGGCGCGCCGCUGACGGAGACGUGGGCGGAGCACUGCCGCGGCCGCAUUGCGGUGCGCUGGGCCGAGGAGGGAGAGAAGGACAAGGACAAGGACAACAACGUGACGGACCACGCGGCGCUCGCGGCCGCGCGCGCCCGCCAUGACGCCGCACAGCGCCAGCGCACGCGCGACGCGUGCACGCGCGACGUCGACCUGGCCGCGCUCUACGACCACUGCACGGCCAUCGGCCUCGAGUACGGCCCCACCUUUGCCAACCUGACGGCGGCGCGGGCCGGCGCGGCCACACCCGCGGACCCCACGCACUACAUUGCCGGCACCGUGGUGCUGCCCGACGUGGCCGCCGUCAUGCCGGCGCACCACCACAGCCCGCUGGUCGUGCACCCGGGCACGCUGGACGCGUGCCUGCACGGCAUCAUGGCGUUCCGCGACCUGCUGCAGGCGGCCAUCAUGCCCGUCUUCUUUGCGCACAUCUCCAUCGACGCCGCCCUCGAGCGCGUGGCCGCCGGCGACGCCCUCGACGUGUAUCUGGGCGUCCAGCAGAGCGGCUUCCGCAACCUCGACAUCCACCUCACGGCGUACGGCGGGACGGACGCCGACGCGCCGCUGAUUCGCAUGGACGGCCUGCGCAUGACGUCGCUGGCCGGAUCGAUGCCGGCGGGCGGGGGCGGUGGAAGUAGUGGAAACAGCAGCGGCAACCCCCCCAAGACGUACUUCCAGGCCGAGUGGCGGCCCGACCCGGCGUUUCUGUCGUCGGCCCAGUUCGACGACCUCUGCGCCCACCUGAUGCCGGCCGAGGCCGAGAGCGCCGCGCUGCGCCGCCUCGACCAGGGCGCGUUCUACAUGGCCGACGCGGCCGUGGCGCAGGUGCCGCCUGACGCCGUGCCCGCGCUGUCGACCAAGGGCCGCAAGCUGUACGCGUCGCUGCGGCGGCAGCGCGACGCCGUGCUUGCGCUGCACGACGCGCAGCCCAGCGCCACGGCCAAGGCCGCGCCCGUGCACGCCGACGACAUUGCGUCGUGGCCCAACGCGUCGCCCGCCGAGCGCGCGGCGCUGCUCGAGACGCUGGCGGCGACGGGCGCCGAGGGCCGGCUGCUGGCGGCGGUGGCGGCGCGCAUGCACGAGAUUGUGCUGGGCACGGCGGACCCGCUGGAGGUGACGAUGCAGGGCGACGUGCUGGGGCAGUACUACGCGCACAACCCGCGCAUGGCGCGGCAGUACCAGCAAGCGGCCGUGUACGUGGACCUGCUGGCGCACAAGAACCCGCACAUGCGCAUCCUCGAGAUUGGCGCGGGCACCGGCGGCGCCACGCUGCCGCUGCUGCACGCGCUCGGCGGCGGCGCGGACGGCCGGAAUACCCUCCCGCGCUUCGCAUCCUACGACGUCACCGACAUCAGCUCGGGCUUCUUCGAGGCCGUCCAGGCCAAAACGCAGCCGUGGGCGUCGCUGCUGCGCUUCCGCCGCCUCGACAUUGAGCGCGACCCCGUCGCGCAGGGCGUCGCCGCCGGCGCGUACGACCUCGUCGUCGCCGCCAACGUGCUGCACGCGACGCGCAACAUGGCCCGCACCGUGCGCCACGCGCGGCGGCUGCUGCGGCCCGGCGGCACGCUGCUGCUGAUUGAGCUGGUGCGCGUGCCCCAGCAGCGCGUGUCCACGGCCGCCGUCGGCAACAUCUUUGGCAUCUUUGACGGCUGGUGGGUCGCCGAGGAGCCGCACCGCCAGGACUCGCCGCUGCUGGCCGAGACGCAGUGGGACGCCGUGCUCAAGGAGCAGGGCUUCUCGGGGCUCGACGCGGCCGUGUGGGAGACGCCGGACGUGGCCACGCACCAGGGGACGACGAUGAUUAGCACGGCGGUAUAUCAGGGGGGCGGCGAUGCCGAUGGCGCCGAAGGCGUCAGCGACGUCGAGACGACGACAAUAGAGAACACCGAGACGGAGACGACGGAGGCGCCUGAGACAACCAAGACGACGGAGGCGCCUGAGACAACCAAAACUACGACGGAGUCGACCAACACCGUCACCGAGACAGAGCCCAACGCCGACACCCCCUUUCCCGACGACACCCCCCUCCUCGUCACCGACGACGCCGCCAACAAGCCGUGGCUCGCGUCCUUGGCCAAGGCCCUCGCCGUCGCCCUCCCCCUUUCCCCCGGCACCGACCUCCCCGUGUACACCCUCGACGACCUGCCCACCAUCACCGACCGCCACGUCUGCGUCGUCUACCAGACCGACCCGCAGACGCUGGGCCCGCAGACGCCCGCCAGCAUGGACAAGAUGCGCGCACUCUUCCUGCGGCCCGCCGGCACGAGCGGCGGCCGCGUGCUGUGGCUGACGCGCGGCGCGUCCGACGGCGCGAGCGCGCCCGACUUUGCGCUCAUACAGGGCCUGCUGCGCACUCUGCGCGUCGAGCUGGGCGGCCGCCUGGUGCACCUGGACCUGGAUGUGGACACGGGGAGCCCAGCGGCCGACCAAGACCCCUCCAUCCAGACCGUGGCCCGCGUGUAUGCCAAGUCGUUUGGCCGCGCGACUGACAUUGCUACCGACGGGCGCCCCGCGGACGUCGAGCUGGAGCUGGCCGUCCGCGGCCGCCACGCGACGGUGCACAUCCCGCGCUACGACGAGGCCCGCGCGCCCUCGGACUACGUGGCCGCGCGCACGGGCCGGCGCAUCGCCGUGCCCGCGUCCCCGGUGCAGCCCGGCCGCCACCUGCAGCUCAUGGUGGGCCAGCCCGGCCUGUUGGACAGCCUCUACUUUGACGACGACGCUGACGCCGACGCCGACCUGCCCGACGACCACGUCGAGAUUGCCGUGCGCGCCGCCGGCCUCAACUUCCACGACGUCAUGGUGGCCAUGGGCCAGAUCGAGACGCGCGCGCUCGGCCGCGAGUGCGCCGGUGUCGUGCGCCGCGUCGGCCGCGCCGUCACGGCGGUGCGCGUCGGCGACCGCGUGGCCGCGCCGGCCGACGGCACCUUUGCCACGACAGUGCGCUGCGCGGCGUGGCGCGCGCAGGUGCUGCCGGACAGCCUGUCGUUUGCGGCGGCGGCGGCGCUGCCGAUUGUGCUGUGCACGGCGCUGCACGCGGUGCGCAUCACGCAGCUGGCGGCGGGCGAGACGGUGCUGAUCCACGCGGCGUCGGGCGGACUGGGCCAGGCGCUCGUGCAGCUGUGCCAGCAGCGCGGCGCCGUCGUCUACGCGACGGUCGGCACGCCGGCCAAGAAGCAGCUGCUGGUCGACCAGUACGGCCUGGACCCGGCGCACAUCUUCAGCAGCCGCGACGACGGCUUUGCCGACGCCGUGCGCCAGGCCACCGGCGGCGCCGGCGUCGACGUCGUCUUCAACGUGCUGGCCGGCGAGCUGCUGCGCGCGUCCUGGCGCUGCGUCGCCGCGUUUGGCCGCUUCGUCGAGCUCGGCAAGCGUGACCUCGGCCGCAACGGCCGCCUCGACAUGGCCCCCUUUGCCCGCAACGUCACCUUUGUCGCCGUCGACCUCGUCGCCCUGCUCGCCGAGCGCCCGCGCUACGGCGCCGCCCUCUGGGCCGACAGCAUGGACCUCGUGCGCCAGGGCGUCGCCCGCGCGCCCGCCCCACUCACCACCUACGCCUACGCCGACGCCGUCGCCGCCCUGCGCACGAUGCAGGCCGGCCGCCACGUGGACCUCCACCUCGCAAACGGCGUGCCGACGCCCCCGUCAUGUCGCCGCGCGUCCCCCCCCGUGCGGCUGCGCGCCGACGCCAGCUACCUCCUCGUCGGCGGCCUCGGCGGCAUUGGCCGCGCCCUCGCCGCCCGCAUGGUCCACGCGCUCGGCGCGCGCCACCUCAUCCUCCUGUCGCGCGGCGACGUCGUCACCGACGUGGCCGCCGCCGCCGUCGCCGACCUGCGCGGCCGCGGCGGCGCCCGCGUGCACGUGGCGUCCAACUGCGACGUGGGCCGCGACGACCAGCUCGCGGCCGCGCUGGCCGCGGCGCAGGCGGCCGGCUUCCCGCCCGUGCGCGGCGUCGUGCACCUCGGCCUCGUCAUGGAGAGCGCCCUCUUCCAGGACAUGUCCAGCGCCGCCUGGAACCACUCGCUGUGGCCCAAGGUCGCCGGCACCUGGAACCUGCACCGCCAGCUGCCCCAGGCGCCCGGCGCGCUCGACUUUUUCGUGCUGCUGUCGUCCAUGGUCGGCACCAUUGGCAACCCCAGCCAGGCCGCCUACGGCGCCGCCUCCACCUUCCAGGACGCCUUUGCGCGCUACCGCCGCCGCCGCGGGCUGCCGGCCACCACGCUCGACCUCGGCAUGGUCACGGGCAUCGGCUACGUGGCCGAGCACGGCCAGGUGCAGCAGACGCUGCGCUCCCAGGGCUUUGAGGAAAUCAGCGGCGACGAGUGCCUCGCGCUCGUCGAGUCGGCCAUGCUGCAGGGUGACGAGGACCCGGACCACGACCACGGCCACGCCUGGUCCGCCAACUACGUCACCGGCCUCGGCCUCGGCCGCUACGCCGGCGGCGACCCCGCGCGCGCCAUCUACCAGGACCCGCGCUUCGCCAUGGCGCGCCGCAUGGCCCUGCACGCCGCGGAUGCCCAUGCCGAUGCGGAUAACGUCCCGGGUGCAGGUGCGGGCGACACGCCCACGCGCUCCCUCCGCGAGGCCGUGCGCCAGGCCGCCUCCCUCGCCGACGUCGUCGCCCUCCUCGCCGCCGCCCUCCGCGCCAAAAUCACCGCCCUCCUCAUGCUCGCCGCCGAGGACGACCUCGACCCCCACAAGCCCCUCAGCCAGUACGGCCUCGACUCCCUCAUCGCCGUCGAGCUGCGCAACUGGGUCAGCAGCGAGAUGGAGGCCACCGUGCCCGUCCUCGAGUUCCUCGGCAGCCGCACCACCCAGUCGCUGAGCGACUUUAUUGCCCGCCAGUCGCGGCUGGUCAAGAAAGAGUUGCUGGAGUGA